GAGGCAGGGAGACCCAGCGCUCUGCAGCUCGGACCCUGAACAGCCUCCCUCCCUCCCGAGCCCAGCUGAGGUUGCCGUGUGGGUGGAGGUGACGGGUUAUUGGGGGCGGGGGUGAGGUGCUCGCCUGCAGCGUUCUGAACAAGCUGGGGCUCUACAGUCCCGUGUACAUCCCGGGUUAAAGCGCUGUGGGUGCUGUCCCCGGCCAGGGAGCAGCACAUCUGCCUCCAGCCCCUGGGGGACAACCUGCAGUUCUGGUACCUGCCUGGGGGUGGGAGACCAGAGCCAAGCUGCAGCUUGCCCUGCUCCUCACCUCCGGCUUCUCUUGGUGGCUGGGGCGCCUAGGGUCAGAUCGCUGGAGGGAGGGGUGCGAUCGAUGAGAAGGGCCACGCAAAACAGCUGGGGUGGGGGGCGCACAGCCUACAGCGCCCAGGGGCGCGUGUGCCAGGCCAGGGUCUGUUUCUGACAGGCACAAGGGCCCCCACUCCAGAACAGCUCCUUUGUGCUCCGCGCAGCCGAGGGGUUGUUCUCGUUUUCCCGUACACAGCCAUCUAAUCUGCUGACGGUGACAUGCAGACUUCUGCAGCUCGCUGCCUGUGGGCUGAGUGCAGGCUUUUCCCCCCACCUCCUUCCCGGGAGGGGCUUCUUCGGAGCUUGGGAGCGGAGAGAGCCGGGCUUGGAUAGGAAGGAGAGACGGUCCUGCUUCCUUAAUAUGUACGGUGAUGUCACGGGCAGGAGUGUGUGUGUGUGAAUGUAAGGAGGGGGAGGGGGUGUGCAUGGGGCCCCCAACGCGCAUGCUCGCUCUCUACCAGCAGCAGCAGCUGCAGCAGCAGGAGCUGUGGCCAAAGACGUUGAAACAGUAAGAGACAUGGCUAGAGAUGGCGAGGGACGCGACCAGAUACCUACUGGGGCUGCUGAGGCUGUUUUAAAAGAACGGGGGCCUUAAAAUUGAUCAACCAUCACGAAAAAAAUAAAUAAAUCACACAAAAGAGAGAGCCCAACCAACCCCCUCGCCCCAAGCGCCUGAUCCUUUCCACAGGGGGUGGAAUCCUGCAUGCCUCCAACGUGAAGACCUCCUAGGACUUUCCAACCACAGACCAGAUAGAUGUGGUGUCCACAAGCCUGCAUGAAUAACAAUGAACGCGCAGCUGACGAUGGAGAACAUUGGCGAUCUGCACGGGGUGAGCCAUGAGCCGGUGCCAACCACGGCCGAUCUGAUGAGCAGCAGCCCCCAUCACAGGAGCUCGGUGGCCCAUCGCAGCAAUCAUUUGCCAGCCCAUCCUCGCUCCAUGGGCAUGGCUUCCAUCCUGGACGGUGGCGACUACCACCACCACCACCGGCCUCCUGACCACGCUCUGACAGGACCUCUGCAUCCCACCAUGACCAUGGCCUGCGAGACACCCCCCGGGAUGAGCAUGAGCAGCACCUACACCACAUUAACCCCUCUGCAACCGCUACCUCCCAUCUCCACCGUCUCGGACAAGUUCCCUCACCAUCACCACCACCACCACCACCACCAUCACCACCAGCGGAUCCCUGGGAAUGUGAGUGGCAGCUUCACCCUCAUGAGGGACGACCGGGGUCUGGCUUCUAUGAACAAUCUCUACACCCCUUACCAUAAGGAUGUUACCGGCAUGGGGCAGAGCCUCUCCCCUUUGUCUGGAUCAGGCCUGGGGGGCAUCCACAACUCCCAGCAAGGGCUGCCUCAUUAUGCUCACCCGAGUGCCCCCAUGCCUGCCGAGAAAAUGCUCACCCCGAACGGAUUCGAAGCCCACCACCCUGCCAUGCUGGGCAGGCAUGGGGACCAACAUCUUACCCCUACAUCCGCCGGCAUGGUGCCUAUCAAUGGGAUCCCGCAUCACCCUCAUGCCCACCUGAAUGCCCAGAGUCACGGGCAGAUUCUGGGCUCUGCCAGGGAACAAAACGCUUCUGUCACUGGUUCGCAGGUCAACAGUGGAAGUAAUUCAGGGCAAAUGGAAGAAAUCAAUACCAAAGAAGUAGCUCAGAGGAUCACCACCGAGCUCAAACGGUACAGCAUCCCCCAGGCUAUCUUCGCCCAGAGGGUGCUGUGCCGGUCUCAAGGGACCCUCUCAGACCUAUUGAGGAACCCCAAGCCCUGGAGCAAACUCAAAUCCGGCCGGGAGACCUUUCGGAGGAUGUGGAAGUGGCUUCAGGAGCCAGAAUUCCAGAGAAUGUCUGCUCUCAGGCUAGCAGCAUGCAAGAGGAAAGAACAAGAACAUGGGAAAGAUAGAGGGAAUACACCCAAAAAGCCUCGGUUGGUUUUCACGGAUGUCCAGCGUCGAACUCUACAUGCAAUAUUCAAGGAAAAUAAGCGUCCAUCCAAAGAAUUACAAAUCACCAUUUCCCAGCAGCUAGGGUUGGAGCUGAGCACCGUCAGCAACUUUUUCAUGAAUGCACGGAGGAGGAGUCUGGAUAAGUGGCAAGACGAGGGCAGCUCCAAUUCAGGCAAUUCAUCAUCUUCAUCAAGCACUUGUACCAAAGCAUGAAGGAGUAACCACGAACUAAACCUCGGUGAAAAAGCUUUAAAAAUAAAUAAAUAAAUAAAGACCAGGACCUCAAGAUAGCAGGUUUAUACUUAGAACUAUUUGAAAAAAAAAAGUUAUUUAUAAGUCCAAAGAAACCAAAGACUUAUUUCACCUGCAUUUUGACUUUGUUCUGAGACACACACUUUAGUAGGAU